CUGUUUUCAACAGAUAAAUUUCUGAACACCCAAAAUGAUAGGAUAAUAGCGAGAAGCUCUGCAGAAGCCAGCCAACAUGGAGGUAUUGCUCAGCGAUCUGGACACCUCAAGUCGUUGACGGCAAUCACAUCGGACGGCAAGAUGUCCCUGAUUUUCUUGGAGAAAGGGGUCAAGAAGGAGAUAUCCCCUGGGCACAAUCCCAUUUCGGCAACCGGACUUGGACUUAUCAACAGGACUCAGCUCCAGCACACAGGUCCAAGGUGGUACAGGACAGGUGGCAACGCACUUCCCAGACUUCAUCUUUCAGUUCUUAAGAGGAAAACCUGCUCUAUCCAGCAUAGAAGUUUGGAUGCUCUACGUGCAACCCUCGUGAAAGCAUUGGAGGAUUUGGACGAAGGCUAUCUCCGUGCCGCCGUCGACGCGUUUCCUACGAGACUUUCGGCCUGUAUUCGCGCAAAAGUAGGCUAUUUCAAGAUCUAA